AUGCCCGUUUAUGAAGUCUUUUAUUGUGAGCUGUGCAAGGCCGACGUCCCUCUGGACGGGACCACCGAAAAGAAACAUCGCCGCAUAUUCCAUCAAGCUCAGGUCUCAGCCAAGUUCCCGGACGACGUGCAGGCCUUGCUUUUCAAUCGCAACGAAGCGGGCGUUUUCUCGUGCACUCGCUGUGCAUUCAUCCAUCCCAACGCUCAAACCUUCGGGGACCACGUGCGUCGUCCUGGAAGAUGCCCGGCCCGUCUCAGCGACAACGGGGCAAUCGCUGACACAGAUGCCCUGCGUUCUGCGCACUUCAGCAUGACUGAGCAUGCAGUCGAAGUGUCUGCCACCCCUCCGUCUCCAUUCACACCUGGUCAAACGGUCGGGGACACGCGGUCUCCCUCGACGACAUCAACCUCUACAAACGAAGCUGUGUCAACCGAUCCGCCAGAGGGUUUGUCUAUCCCUCCAUGCACUCCGCCGCCAGGCGAGCCACCCAUUCCGCACAGUCAGCCACCCUUGAAAACAUCGCUUGGCGUGGUGCUCGGCGCGGACACGAUCACCGAAGAUGCUGAGCACGAUCUUGCUCGCUUCAAUCUCGUAAUCAAUACUGCGUUCAGGCUAGUCAUAUGCCUGUCAUGCGGCAAAGCCGUGUCUCCGCAUCGCUUGGGCAGACACCUCGUGGAGCACUGGACGGGAAUAAAUGUCCCUAAAAACCUGGGCGCGGAGCUACAGCUCAAAUACGACCUCAUCGAGCCGGCCGAUUGGAUCCAUCCCACCUCACUCACAAGUCCUAUCUAUGGGCUCUCUGUUUCGCCGCAGGAACUGCACUUUUGUGGACACUGCUAUCACGGCUUUGCGACGGAAGCGCUCAGGGUCAAUCACCAGUACCGCCCCCAGUGUGGUCUAGCCCCUGGCGCUGCGAAAACCUCAUUCCGGGCGCUGGGGCAGUCCGUUGGCUUUAACGCCCGUGGUUUCUUCCCUGUUGACUCAUCACUGCUUGUUCCACGUGUCACACCUGAACCCUCGCGGAUCUUUACGGCGCUUCCGCGACCCGACUACGCCCAACUGCCCAUCUCCAAGCCACACAAUGCCAACGACUUGGACCUGCUAUUCAAGAACGAAGAAUUUUACUCCCUCGUUGAGCACCUCACGCCGGCACAAUUGAACGAGACCAUAUCCAUUCCCACGAAGACACCCGCGCAGCGCUUACUCCGACAACGAAUGGACAGCGCAUGUAAGGCAUACUGUGUGCGCAUUCAUCACACAGUAAAACAGUCGUCUUCUGCCCUGCUCAAGUUGAUGGCGCAGCUCACUGCAGAUUCGUCCCGCGAAGAAUUGCGGCCGCUGGAGCUCAAGAGUGUUGAUGAGUACGCCCUGGCCCUUUCGCGCCUGCUGACGACUAUGUUGCGGUGUGCCAACAACGAUCCCCUCCCUCUGGAAUUCCCACUCAGCGCAAAUCAACGAGUAGCGCUGGCGGCGUUGGGCAACGUCCUCACUCAAGACGCGCCCCCUGCCGAAUCCGCGUCUGAUGGUGCUGUCCAUCAGGCUGCAUUUGUGAUGUUUGCUCACCACAAGGCUCACGGCGGCCUUGAUCACUGGGUACUCCCUGUCAACCGCUACCUCGUCGCGUCGUGUAUGGGCAAGACUACCUGGCUCAGGGCCAACGACAUCACCCGGACCUGUGCCAAGUUACAGUGGAUCAAUCGGGGCGUAAUGUUGCGUGAGAUGCACAUCCAGAUGCCGGCGCAGAAAUUGAGCUCGGAGGAGGCGUAUGGACUCGUUCGUCGCUAUGUUACGGCCAACUCGGACACGCCAUGCGCUUUCAUCUACGACAUACACCACACUGUCAAGAAGAUUCGUGAUGAAUACAACGACGCAGACGUCCAAAUGGAAAACGAGGCAAACACUCAGCUCAUCUUCAAUGGCAAUCGCAUCCACCUGCACCAAUUCCGCCACCUGCUUCAGAAGCUAGACGCGCAGUACCGCCGGAUUCUCGAGGAAGAUGUCUUCUUUAGGAAGGGCAUCCCAACCUCUUGCUUCCCUCCCUUCGAGAUCGAGACGCUCACAGACCGGCCGCAAAACUUUGCCCCGGGCUUUUGUUUCCUCGACAUUCCGACAAACGGCUUCGAGGCGUGGGGGGAGCUGUACCCGCAAUGGCUCAUGUCUCACGACGACCUGGCCGAUCGCUUCACGUACGUCGUGGGAGAAUGCUUGCACUGGAAGCUGGGUCCCUGCCACAAGCUACUAGGCACACUCGAGCGUCUUCGCAUGAUCUUGGCUGUCCGGACCCUUGUGUCCUGUGGCCCAUCUGUCCGUGCGACCGAAUUUGCCAGUCAGUCGCUGCGUAACGUCGCUGGCGGUACCAUCCGGAACGUGAUCUUGCUCUACCAUGCGCUUUGCCUGAUAGCCGUGCUAGAGAAGAAUAGCAUGCAAUUCUCCCGCAAGCACUGUAUUCCGCACUGCCCGGUCAAAUCCGUCGCCAAAGACCUGAUCUGGAAUCUCACCAUCUUUCGCCCUCUCGAGCGCCGAUUGAUCUCGACCUUCAAAGGCCAUGCGGACGCUGAACGCUACUACACGUCCCUCUGGCCUGGCGUGCAGCGCGACUUCACCGGCGAGGAGAUUAGUAGCAGCCUUGGGGAUUGGACUGAAACUGGGCUGGGAUGCCGACUGCAGAUACUGGACUACAGGAAGGUGGUCAGCGCGUUUUGCCGCCAUAUAAUCGACCCAUUCCUUUCCAAAUCUAUUGGCGACUCUUUCUUCGAUGAGCUGCAGAACCAUUCCACGCAAAUGGGAUAUAUGCGGUACGGUGUCGACACAUCCACCUGGCUGCGCACGGGCGAAUGCACCUCGAGUCUGACUGUAGCCGCCAUUAAACAGGCUGUCCUUGAAAGCCUCCACUCAACGCCACUCAUCUCGAAGGCGGAGCUAGAAGAGCCGCUCACGGAUAUCAUCUCAUCCCUCGCCGCGCUUUGGUUUCCUAAACCGCCAACUGCGCCUAUUGCAAACUCGCUUAGUCCCAUCUCAUCGCAUGCCACGUGGACUUGCGCAGCGCAGGCUGAGCUACUCGAGUGCAUGCGUAUGAAAAAGCGCCACAUCCUGGCUAUAUUGUCGUGCAAUUCGGGCAAGACGACCACCAUACUAUUGCAAUCCAAAAUCUUCGACGUCGGCUGCUCCACCGUCUUCAUACUGCCUGUCAGCGUUGGCAAAUGGAAUCCAUCCCACGCAAGUUUCAAUGGAGAUUUCGACGUUCUGUACGUGGCUGUCGAGCAGAUUACAGAUGAGUUGAUGAACUUCUUACGCGGUCUCAUUGCCAUGCGCAAGCUCGCCAGCUUCGUCUCGAUGAGGCGCACAUGGCGCUAA